UAUUAAUAGCUUCAUACAUGACAUCCCAACACUACUUAUAUUUCGACAGCGGUGAACGAACAGUAAACUUCAAUUUACAAAAAUCAUUCUAAGUUUAUAAAAAUAAUAAAAUGUCUGCACGAUAUGACAGAGCUAUUACAGUAUUUUCACCGGAUGGACAUUUGUUACAAGUAGAAUAUGCACAGGAAGCCGUCCGUAAGGGUUCCACGGCUGUCGGUGUUAGAGGCGCCGAUGUGGUAGUAUUAGGAGUUGAGAAGAAGUCUGUGGCUAAAUUGCAAGAAGAGAGGACCGUGAGAAAAAUAUGCCUUCUGGAUGAUCAUGUCGUCAUGGCAUUUGCCGGUUUGACUGCAGACGCUCGUAUCUUGAUCAAUAGAGCUCAAAUUGAAUGUCAGUCACAUAAACUGACUGUAGAAGACCCAGUCACAUUGGAGUACAUCACGAGAUAUAUAGCUGGCCUCAAACAGAAAUACACUCAGAGUAAUGGUCGCCGUCCUUUCGGUAUAUCGUGCUUGAUCGGUGGUUUCGAUUACGACGGAUCGCCACAUUUGUUCCAAACUGAGCCUUCUGGAAUUUACUAUGAAUGGAAAGCCAAUGCCACUGGCAGGUCUGCAAAGACUGUGAGAGAGUUCUUGGAGAAGAACUAUACAACUGCAGAAGUGGCUAACGAGAAUGGCGCAGUGAAGCUGGCCAUCCGUGCCCUUCUAGAGGUGGUGCAGUCUGGACAAAAGAACCUUGAAAUAGCAGUAAUGAGACGUGGCCAGCCCAUGCAAAUGCUUGACAUUGACACUAUUAACUCAUAUGUGUCAGUCAUUGAAAAAGAAAAAGAAGAGGAAGCAGAAAAGAAAAAACAAAAGAAGUAAUAUGGUGUAUUUUUUUUUUUAAUAAAGGCAUAAGUUCAUAA